AUGGCUUGUGUAGACUAUCUUCGGAAAAAUAGGGAGAAAUUUGAAGCAUUCAUAGAGGGGCCAUUUGAGGAAUAUUUGAAGUGUUUGGAAAAUCCACAGGAAUGGGUUGGACAAGUAGAAAUAAGUGCCCUUUCUCUCAUGUACAAGAAAGAUUUCAUAAUAUACCGGGAACCAAAUGCUUCUCCUUCACAUGUAACUGAGAAUGGCUUUUCUGAUAAGGUAUUGCUGUGCUUCUCAAAUGGAAACCACUAUGAUAUUGUUUAUCCCAUAGAGUAUUCAGAGAAGGCUGCUCUGUGCCAGUCUCUGCUGUAUGAGUUGCUGUAUGAGAAAGUAUUUGAUACGGAUGUAAAGAAAAUCAUAGCAGAACUUAGUGCUGCUGGUAUGACAGAGGAAAGUAAUGGUAGCAGUGAACUAUCUGCUUCAGAUUCAGAAGAUGACAGCUACAGAAGUAAAGCUACAACAGUUAGUGAUAUGAAUGGAUUGAAGUCUCUUUCUGACAACAAGCACCAUAAGAGCAAUGGGAAUCCUGCCUUGUUGGUCUUGCCUAAAAAAGUUCUUAAAUCACUCAAUCCAUCAGUUUACAGAAAUGUUGAAUAUGAUGUUUGGCUCCAAUCCAAAUGGG